AUGGCACAUAACCUAGUCAUUCGUGCAUAUCUUAUUCUUUGUUUAGCAUGGCAAGCGUACGCUGUAGUCGACUGUACAGUAAGUGGAGCCGGCCGACACCCUGAUCCAGACGAUACUACCUGUCAAAACUACACUCUCUGUGUCUACGAUAGUACCUCGGGAACUUACCUCUCGUACAAUUACGUAUGUCCUACUAGUUCCGUUUUCGACCCUUCAACUUCUCAAUGCACUGCGUCUGAUAAUUAUGUCUGUAACGUAACCAUUGCUGAUACCACCACCACCACUACUACUACUACUACGACGACAACUACAACAACAACGACUACUCCACCUCCUACAACUACUACUACUCCCACUACUACACCUACUCCUACUACGACUCCGACUACGACUCCUACUACGACUCCUACUACAACUCCUACUACGACUCCUUCUACGACUCCUACCACAACUCCCACAACUACUCCUACAACUACUCCUACAACUACUCCUACAACUACGCCUACUACUACUGCCAUUCCUUCCCUCUGUACAGAAAACGGGUUCAUCGCCGAUCCUGAUUCUACUAAUUGCACCAGCUACAUACAAUGUAUAGAAGUCGGUAACAGUUUUAUCGAAAGUAAUGAAACUUGCCCGGAUAAUACUUAUUUUGAUCCAAAUACGACUUUCUGCGUAUUUGACUACAAUUGUCCUGUUCCCUUUAGUUGCACAUCAACUGGAAGAUUUCCUGAUUCAGCGGACCCCACUUGUCAGACAUAUUACUUGUGUAUAGAGGCAUCCAAUGGGACAUAUUAUGGAUAUAAUUACACAUGCCCUUCUCCGUCAGUAUUUAGUCCUACACAGCAAUUUUGUAGUACUACAUAUACGUGUACCUAA